GGCGAGGUGUUUCUGGCGCACGUCGUCUGGCGCUCGUCGGAGCACGUCUGCCGCUCGCACGUGCAGCGCACGUCACGCCGGCGCUGGAGGCUGCGCCGCACGGCGCACGCCGUUUCGCAUCGGCGCGUUCCGCGCAAAGGCCGUUUCCGGGUAAUGGAGAGGCGGCGUGGCGUGGUGUUGUGAUUAGCGUGCCGACGCCCCCGGCGCCCCGCCCGGCUAUGGAGACCGCUUAGUGGACCGUCUGCGCGGGUCGGAGAGCGCGGAGGCUGCGGCGGGACCUGUGAGUGGCCGAGAGAGGCGCCUGGACCGGGCUCUGGCGGUGCGGAGGCCGCGCGCCGCGGCGCGGACGGCAGUGUGACACAGGCCGGGCGCGCGGGAGGUCGGACACCGCUGAGGUCGGCCGCUGUCCAGAGUCGUCACCGUGGAGUGGGAGGGCGCCGCCGAGUGGGACGUUGGCACGGGCCAGCCGGCCGCCGCCGUCAGUAACGCUCCCACGCGCCCCGUGGCACGUGCCAGGCGCCGACGUGCCACCUCGAGAAGCGUCAUGGAGCCAGUGCGCAGCGCGGCUAGCGCCGCUCGACGACUCUUCAGAAAAGGCGCCGACGCGGCCACGGAGAUGAGCAAGAAUCCCGGCGACUCGGGCGCGGCCGGCGGCGAUGGCAGCCAGACGCGGGGCGCGCGCGAGCGGGCGCCCAGCGAAGCCGGCGAGGCGGCGGCGGCGGCGGCGGCGGCGGCGACGACGGCCGGCUCGGCGGCACUCCGUCACCAGUCGCGAUCCAUGACCUCGCUGCCGCCGGAGCCGUACACCAUCAUGCGCAGCAAGGCGCUCAACACGCGCGUCAUCAUCAACGUGGGCGGCAUGCGCCAUGAGGUGCUGUGGUCGACCCUGGAACGGCUGCCCCACACGCGCCUCGGCCGCCUCAAGGACCGAAACACGCACGAAUCGAUCAUGGAGAUCUGUGACGAAUACUCUUUGGUCGAUAACGAGUACUUUUUCGACCGGCACCCGCGUUCAUUCAGUAGCAUUCUGAACUUUUACCGCACUGGCAAGCUUCACCUUGUGGAGGAGAUGUGUGUGAUGGCGUUUAGCGAGGACCUCGAUUACUGGGGCAUCGACGAGCUGUACCUGGAAUCCUGCUGCCAGCACAAGUACCACCAGCGGCGCGAGCACGUGCAUGACGAAAUGCGCAAGGAGGCCGACUCGCUGAAGACGCGAGAGGAGGAGGACUUUGGCACGGGCCGGUGCGCCCAGUACCAAAAGUUCCUCUGGGACCUCAUGGAGAAGCCCACCACGUCGCUGGGCGCGCGGAUACUGGCCAUUAUAUCCAUACUUUUCAUCGUUCUCUCAACCACCGCGCUCGUGUUGAAUACCAUACCAACGCUCCAAGAAGAAGGGGGCAACGAUAACCGGUACCUCAGUCAAGUGGAGAUCGUGUGUAUUACCUGGUUCACUCUGGAGUAUCUAUUGCGCUUCGCUGCCUCUCCAAACAAAUGGCAGUUUUUCAAAGGUGCCAUGAACAUCAUAGACUUGUUGGCCAUUAUGCCGUUCUAUGUGUCUCUCUUCCUCGUCUCGAACUCGAACAAGAAGGACUCGCAGUUUGAUGACGUGAGGCGAGUCGUACAAAUUUUUCGCAUUAUGAGGAUACUGCGAAUCCUUAAGCUAGCUCGCCACUCGACGGGCUUGCAGAGCUUGGGCUUCACCCUGCGCAACUCGUAUAAGGAGCUCGGUCUCCUGCUCAUGUUUCUAGCUAUCACUGUCCUCAUAUUCUCGAGCCUGUGCUACUUUGCCGAGAAGGAGGCGGAUAAGACGCUCUAUACGAGCAUACCAGAGACAUUCUGGUGGGCCAUCAUCACGAUGACCACCGUGGGGUACGGUGAUAUGCACCCCGUCACCCCUCUCGGCAAGAUGAUCGGCGCCGUAUGUGCCAUCUGCGGCGUGCUGGUCAUUGCCCUGCCCAUCCCCAUCAUCGUCAACAACUUCGCCGAGUUCUACAAGAACCAGAUGCGUCGCGAGAAGGCCAUGAAGCGACGCGAGGCGCUCGAACGCGCUAAGCGGGAGGGCAGCAUCGUCAGCUUCCACGACGUCAACCUGAGGGACGCCUUCGCCAAGUCGAUGGACAUCAUCGAUGUCAUUGUAGAUACAGGGCACAACAUGAGCAUCGGUGAAGGAAGCGUCACCAACAGCACCAAGGGUGACACAGGCACCGGCUGCUUCCGCAACCACGAGCACGUCAUCAACAAAUUGACGGCAAGGAAGAACAGUCAGGGCGCGCUGGUGACGCCCGGCACGCCGCAUGCGGCGGAGCUGAGUACCGAGCCUGCAGAGACGGCGGCCGAUGGUGCGGCCAACGCGCUCAACACCCCCCGCCCAGCGGCGGUCACGCUGCGAAAUUGGACACGAUUGUCCAAGGACAGGCCUAGCAAGGAGCGACGGGCGGCCAAGCGCGUGUCCGUAGAGUGUUGCUUUUGCACCUGCGGCAAGGAUUUCCUGGAGCCGCUCGGCGGCCCGCGCCGUCAGAGCUCCGAGCCGAGCCGAGCCGCCGCCGCACCCAUCGAGCUCCAGGCGCUCUCACAAACCAACCUGGACCUGCUCAGUCUGGAGAGCAGUGACACCUUCACCAGCUGCCCCACGCACCCGUUCCCCUCGGAGGGCGACCUGACGGCCGACAGCAACCUCUACGUCAACCCGCUGGACGGCGAUGUGCGCCGCGACAGCCCGCGCGCCUCGCCGCGGCGCCGACCGCGCAUCGCCAGCGCCGGCGACCCGGCGGAGAGCGGCGUCAGCCAGCAGGGCUCGCCGCUGCUCAAACACCGGCGCGCUCGCUUCCAGGAGCCGGACCCCAAGGUGGCCGUAGCCGGCGUGCUCGGCGCUCGGCGGGACCCGGAGACGGCCGAACGCUGGCGAAAGCCGCACAUCUCGGCCGCCCGAGGUAUUUCCUCUGCCAUCAAACUGUUGGGCACGUCCGCCCGCCUGGCCCGCGCCGGAAAGUACGGCAGUCGCAGCUCCCUCUCCGGCGACGUCGCCGACACCCGGCACCGCAGCCCCGAGAAGAAGAAGUCCAUCCUGAAGAAGACGGAGGUGCGCGCCGACCCGGAGACCGAGAAGCUGCUGGACGCCACCCUGGUGACCGACAGCGGAGUGGAGGCAGACGCGUCGCCCCCGGCGGCAGCGCCGCGCCGCGCCGACUGCUGCCGCGCCGAGACGGACUCGGCGCGGCGGCGGCCCGGCGCGCUGCGCUGCGCCAACGCCGGCUGUCUGUACAACACGGUGGCGCUGCUCUCACCGGCGCACGGCGAGGUGUGUCUGUGCGGCGCGCAGAUGGUGCGCGGCGCCGCCAACCACGCGCCCAGCUCGCGCAGCGCCGAGUCGUCGCCGGACGAGGAGACCACGCUGCUGCAGCACCGUCCGCCUCCGCGACAGAGCAGCUCCUAACAGCGGCCUCCGUCCGCCCCAGGCCCGGUGUUAACAACGAACUGGCGGUCGGCUGUCGGUGUCCUCAAGUGUUGGGUCGUGCUCCGACGUCCCGUGUUCCGGGUGCUCCGGUGCUCCGGGUGUUCCCCAGUGCAGGCCCGGCGCCCCGACGGCAACACACCGCUCAAUCUCCCCUCACAGUUUUGUACGCGUGUCACUGCUCUGCCGACUCGGCCGGUCCUCCGCCGCGCCCGGUCCCCUAGUGAAAGAGUAGGCGGCCGGCCGGCCGGCGGCUCGGAGCUGGCGGCGCGGACCGCCCGGACUGCGGUCUCCCACUGCGCCGCCCAUCGCGGUGGAAGUGUUAUAUACUUGUUACACCCGUGUUGGUGGUCCGUCACGCGGCACGUGACGCGUGUGACGGCCGCCGGCGCCACUGGUGAUACGGCUGGCUGCCGGACGCGCCGCUUGUGAUACUGCGGCGCGGGCGCGCUCCGGGCGCGGUGCAGCAAUAGCGCGCGCGGCGUGGCGCGGCGCCGACCGCGCGCCGACGCUCAACAUAGGCAGAAAGCUGCCCGGCCGGGCGACGGCACAUUCCAGCGGCGACUCGACCGCGCACCCACGCUUCAGCGGCGGCGGCGGCCAGGCUGCGUUUCAAGCAGCGCCGACCGUCGCCGUCGGCCCACUCUGCACCGGGGGUGGAGGAUCGCACAUCCGCACACUCCCGGGCAUUAGUGCACUCAUAGAUAACGGAUAUAUACUAAGCGACACCGUUUUCGUUAUCGGCCGGGCCGCGGGUGCCGCCGUAGUAUGUUUUAGUGUAUUCAGGCGAAAACAGACAUUUGGUAUUGCCAUGCCUUUAUAGCACUUAGAAUUCAUGUUACAAGUUUUCAAUUUUAAUAGACUUGACGCACUGUUCCGGCAGGGGUGACCGGCCUCAGCUUGUGAUAUUGCGUUGUAUGCCGAUAGCCAUUCUCGUGCUUAUUUCCGGUGCUAAGCGGCGAGUUUCACUGUUGUUCCAUGUUCAAUUCCAUACUGUACAUAUUACAAUACAACUCUUUUUCAUUCAUCAA